AUGGAGAAGAGGGUGAACAGUGCACGAGAUUGCUGGAAGAGGCCUCAUUUUAUAGCUGCUAGAAAUCAUUCGUUCCCAAGAAACCCUAAUGGAACUUUGGGAGCUCAAGGCUCCUUUCCCGCAGCUGUUCCAGUGGGAGGCUACAUUCUUAGCUAUUUUUCUUCUUCUUUCCUUCCUCCUUCCUUGGCCAGAUCUGAUGAAGGAAAGGAAGUGGAUAUACAUGCUGGUUCAAAGGAUGCUUCUGGCAGCUCGCAGGCUAAUAUUCUUUGGUUCCUUGAAUGUUUCUUACUUGGAACUUGCUCCCCCCAUGUGCUGAAAACUCUAGCAGCUUUGUUCAAUAAAUCUUCAGACCUCCCCCUUCGUGGCUUCUAUUUUUCGAGCAAGGGGCUGAGGCUUUUGUGGCUUAUUUUGGAGUUUUGUAUGGUCCAAAAUGGUUCCUUAAGCAAGUGGGCUAUUUAA